UGGAGCAUGAUAAGCAAGCGGAGGAGGAUCAUGAAGAGGUGGAAGAGGAUGAGGAGGAGGACGAGGAAGAGAAAGAUACUUUGUUUGAGGUGCCGCCUGGGGUUGGUGACAAAUCAGAUUCAGAUGGGUUUGUGGAUAGUGAAGAAGAAGCCUUCGAAGGUGAUGACAUGUCCGAGGAUGGUCUAGGCCUUGGUCCUACGCCUCAAGAGCAAGAAACCGUACUUCUUAGUUCGGGUGAGGAUGAAGCAAGAAAAGUGCAACGAAAGAGUGCCAAGAAGCGAAGAGGUCAAGCUCCUUCAAGGUCGAGGUCGGCGGUUUGGACCUUCUUUAAUAAGGUGGAAGCACCUCAUCCAUGGGAAGACAUAUGGACACAUGCAAGAAUUACAAGGACAAGAUGACUACAGGAGUUCUUUGAAACCAGAAAUGGUGGAAGCCUUGGUGUGCGGUGCUAGUUAUAUCAAAGGUUCUCACAAGGACUUCAAUGUGGUGGAGAGGGAUGAAGAUGAGGAGGACGAUGUUGACAAUAUCAAGUUGCCCAAGAUUGUUGAUGUGGGGGAUAUUCGCCAUGUGGGUGUUGCUCUUGCUAUUUUGAAGAUGGAUGUCUACAUGAUCUUCUCAUGUGGAUUGUUGAGGUCAACGUGA